AUGAUGACCCCCACCGAGGCCGACUCCUCCAAUUACCGCAAGAUCUCCCUGGGCAUCGUGUGGUCCUGGGUGUACUCGCUGGCGUGGACCCUGCCGCCGCUCUUCGGGUGGAGCCACUACGGUCCGGAGGGCCCGGGCACCACCUGCUCGGUGGACUGGACGGCCAAGACCGCAAACAACGUCUCGUACAUCAUCUGCCUGUUCAUCUUCUGCCUCAUCGUGCCCUUCCUGGUGAUUAUCUUCUGCUACGGGAAACUUCUGUACGCCAUCAAACAGAAUCAGAGUAGCAGCACAGUUCGCUCAAAAGAUGUCCAUGUUGACCCUCUGUAUCGCAACUUCCUCAUGCCCACCGACUACGAGUAA